CCCUCUAUAAAUUCGCGCGCCCUCCGAUGAUGCCGCUUCCAAAUCUCUCCUAAUCCCAACAGAUUUGACCUUUCACGGGAGGGAGAGAGAGAGAGACAUUAUACUCCUACAGAAGAAAUUCUCUGAUUAGUCGCUGUGUUCUUGCUCCUAGGUUAAUUCGAUGUCUGAAGCUGGAGGCGUCGCUUCCCUCCUUGUACUCUUCUUCCAUGUCCUCGUGUUUUCAGGUGUUGUGGAUUCAGCAACCUUCACGAUCCUCAACCAAUGCGCCUACACCGUCUGGCCCGGCAUCCUCUCCAACGCCGGCACCCCGCAGCUCCCCACCACCGGGUUCGCCCUCCAGCCCGGCCAGUCCAACGCCAUCUCCGUGCCCGCGUCCUGGUCCGGCCGCCUGUGGGGCCGCACCCUCUGCGCCCAGAACGCCACUGAGGGCCGGUUUGUCUGCGUCACGGGCGACUGCGGCUCCCCCACCGUCGAGUGCUCCGGGUCGGGCGCGGUGCCCCCUGCCACGCUGGCGGAGUUCACCCUCGAUGGCGCGAACGGGCUCGACUUCUACGACGUCAGCCUCGUUGACGGCUACAACCUCCCCAUGUGGGUGGUGCCGCGGGGCGGGAAGGGCGGGAACUGCACCGCCACGGGCUGCGCCGCCGACCUGAACGCCGGUUGCCCCAAGGAGCUCCAGGUGGACACCGAUGGCGGCGGCGCCAGCGUGGCUUGCAAGAGCGCGUGCGAAGCGUUCGGGGACCCGCAGUACUGCUGCAGCGGGGCCUACUCGACGCCGGCCACGUGCAAGCCGAGCGGGUACUCGGAGUUCUUCAAGCAAGCGUGCCCGACCGCCUAUAGCUACGCGUACGACGACGGGACCAGCAUAUUCACCUGCGCAUCCGCCGAUUACGUCAUCACUUUCUGCCCUUCGCCGUCGUCUAGUGUGAAGGCGGCAGGCGAUCCAGCGCCAACGUCCAACUCAUCGGCCCCUGCAGCAUUGAUCGCGUUGCAGACCUCCGCAUCCAACCGCACGAGACUGAGAUCCCGGCCAUUUGUCGCCCCGAUGGCUUUGGCGGCAGUUUGGCAGUUGUUGCAACUACUUUCUAUCUGAUCAUCACUGCUUGCGGAUGGCGACGUACCGCCGGCAUCCGACUCAUCAGCCCCCAUGGCAUCUAUCACGUCGCCGGCCUCUAUAUCGGACCACACGAGAUCGAGACGCCCCGCCCUUUGUUGCCCCGGUCGCUUUGGCUGCAGUUUGGCAGUUGUUGCAACUACUUUCUCUCCGAUCAUCACUGCUCGCUGACGGCGGCGUCCGGCCGGCCGUUUUACUUCCGACUCCUUUUUUUUAUUUUUCGGGUGGGCCCUUCCUCCUCUCGGAGGCCCACAACAGUUUUGGCUGGACCGUACCAGUUAUUUCAAUGGACGGCCCAGUUCGGAAUCAAAACGUCGCCGAAAUUGUCGUUUAUUCUUAUUUUUAUUCGAAGCCGGCAAGAUAAACGGCCGGUGAAAUUUCGUUUUAUGUGAAUUUUUUAUUAGGAGUUGGUAAAAUAUUCGCAAUUUGGUGGAAGAUGGGAUGGGGGCUGGCUUCAUAUGCACGUAAGUCCUGCGUCAUGAGUCACGUUUUCUCUUCACAAGAGGAACACGCCUCGGCUCGUGGUGCGGUCAAUUCUUGGCCUUUAAUUUAUAAGCGUUGGUUCGGAAGAGUAGAGCGAGCGACAAUGAUUACUAGGCCGAAUUGUAAUAUAUAUUGGUUGUUUA